AUGUGCACCUCGUACACGGUGACCCUGCCCGAGGAGCCCCCGGCCGUCCCCUUUCCCGCCUUCGCCAAGGAGCUGCGGCCGCGCUCCCCUUUCUCCCCGUCCCUGCUGCUCUCUACCUUCGUGGGGCUCCUGCUCAACAAAGCCAAGAAUUCUAAGAGCGCCCAGGGUCUGGCUGGUCUCCGAAACCUUGGGAACACGUGCUUCAUGAACUCGAUUCUUCAGUGCCAGAGCAACACCCGGGAGUUGAGAGAUUAUUGCCUGCAGCGGCUCUACAUGCUGGACCUCAGCCACAGCAGCAAUGCGCACACCGCCCUCAUGGAAGAGUUUGCAAAGCUAAUCCAGACCAUAUGGACUUCGUCUCCCAAUGACGUGGUGAGCCCCUCUGGGUUCAAGACCCAGAUCCAGAGAUACGCGCCGCGCUUUGUCGGCUAUAAUCAGCAGGAUGCCCAAGAGUUCCUGCGCUUCCUUCUGGAUGGGCUGCACAACGAGGUGAACCGAGUCACGGCGAGGCCCAAGUCCAACCCGGAGAACCUCGACCACCUUCCGGACCACGAGAAGGGGCGGCAAAUGUGGAGGAAGUACCUGGAACGGGAAGACAGUCAGAUUGGGGAUCUCUUUGUUGGGCAGCUGAAGAGCUCCCUGACCUGCACGGACUGCGGUUACUGCUCUACGGUCUUCGACCCCUUCUGGGACCUGUCCCUGCCCAUCGCGAAGCGAGGUUAUCCCGAGGUGACGUUAAUGGACUGCAUGAGGCUCUUUACCAAAGAGGACGUGCUCGAUGGCGAGGAGAAGCCGACAUGCUGUCACUGCCGGGCCAGAAAACAGUGUAUAAAGAAGUUCUCCAUCCAGAGGUUCCCAAAGAUCUUGGUGCUCCAUCUGAAGCAGUUCUCAGAAUCCAGGAUACGAACCAGCAAGCUCACAACAUUUGUGAACUUCCCACUGAGAGACCUGGAUUUGCGAGAAUUUGCCUGAAACACCAACCACGCUGUCUACAACCUGUACGCUGUGUCCAAUCACUCCAGAACCACCAUGGGCAGCCAUUACACCAUCUUAUGUGUUAAAGAUUACAUGGCAGAAAACCUAGAAACUUUCUCCUUGCUCCUGCAUCCAGCUACCCAGAUGUCCUGGAGGGAAUGUGGGAACCUGGAGAGAAGACCAUCCAUUCACUGGCCUGCCAUGAGCGCCCCUUGCAGACUCUCUAAGCAAGGAGCAACUUCAGAAAAGAAAGAUGAAUGUGAGAAGCCAGACAGGGUUCCUGCAUUGCAAGCUCCAAAUUAA